AUGAGUAAAGCAGGUCAAAGCAAUGUUGUUGCUGCUAUAGAAGAUACUCAAGAUAUAACUACCACCAGGGAGGGAUCUUGGGCACCAUCCAUAGGGUUGGUUCCUAAUGAUAUUGGUGCCAUAGAUGAUGUAGAUGUCAACUUUGAUGAAGAUGACAAUGUUCUAGAAGGUGAAGACGUUUUGGAUGAUGAACCAAAUCUCAAUACACAUAUCAUUGAUGAUAUUCUUGCUGAUUUAGAUACACAGGCUAAAGGAAAUAAGAAGUUUGGUCUUGCGGUUCAAUGUAAGAAAAGAAAGAAAGGAGUUCAAAUCGUUGGUCAACAUUUGAGUCGUAUUUGUGAUGUAAUAGAAAAUAAGAAUGCAGUGACAUCUAAGAGUUACGAUAAACCUGGAUGUAAUAUUGAAGAGGUUAUGGAUGUUGCUCGGGGGAUUGCUAAAAGAGAAAAUGACAUUGACAUCCUUAAGUUUGCAACAGAGAUAUUUCUUAAGAGAUCACAUAGAGAGAUGUUUGUGACUAUUAAAGAGCCAUGGUUGCAGAUUGACUUUAUCAAGCGAAUGAGAAAUAGAGAAAUUAACUGA